CCCUGCUCCUCAACGUGAACCCUAACACUGGAUGGCGUUUAGGCUCGGGACUGCUCCAUCUGUUGCUUUUAGAUUGUUUCAAUGUUGGCGGUUCCUAAUUUAGUGAACAUUCCGUUGAUAGUUCGCAGAAAAUACUGGACGGGGGGUGAGUCGGUGGUUUCUCUUAAAGAGUGUCCGCUUCCCCUCCCCUCGAUGAAGCGCUGCGAUGCCCUCUGAUUUUAUAUCUCUCCUUAGCACGGAUAUCGACCUUAAUUCUCCCAAAUCUCUGUACUCUAAAGAAUCAGUAUAUGACCUCCUCCCCAAAGAGCUCCAGCUCCAGCCAUCGUCCGCCCAGACAGAUCCAGCCUCCAUGAGCCAGCAGAGCGGGGGAGAGGCGGGCCCUCCUCCCUCAGCAGCCUUAGCCUCUGAUGCCACCUCUUCCACCUGCAGCCCCGCCACUUCCUCCUCCCUGGCUGUUGGAGCACCAUGCUCCGGCUCCUCCGAGCUCCUCACUGUCCCCAAGCACAUGCACUCUGGAGAGGGGACCAUGGAGGACGCGGCAUCUGCCUCCAGUCGGCCAAACAGCAGUGGCUCCACUGCUGGUGGAGACUUGGCCUCUGGUACAUCAGGACUGGGAGUACAGCAGGCUCAGAACACCCCCUCCAAACGAAGACCUGCACUCAGCAUAUCCCCACCUCCUGAGGACCUAUUUGAUGACAGCCAGAUGUCCUGCCAAGAAGAACCUACUGUAUCUGGGCCUCCACCUCCAGAGUCGGAGCACAGCAGUAGCAUGUGGGCUGAUGAUUCCCUUUCCAACUUUAGCUUGCUCAGCACUGUGUCCUACAAUGACAAUAAUGAGGUCCCACGGAAGUCCAGAAAGAGGACGCCUCGCCAGCGGCCAGGCCCUAAAGCCACUCCCCCAGAGGACAGCAUGGAUGUGUUUGAUGCAGAUAGUGCCAAAGCUCCUCACUUUGUCCUUUCUCAGCUGGGCUCAGACAAGAACAGUGUCCUGGAGCCAGGCAGCGCAGUGAAGGGUGGGAUACUGUGUGGCCAGUUUCCUUUGAGAAGUGACGACAAAGAGCUGAAGAUCCUUGUGCAACCUGAAACCCAGCACAGAGCUCGCUACCUGACAGAAGGCAGCCGUGGGUCUGUCAAAGACCGCACACAGCAGGGUUUCCCCACCAUCAAGUUGGAAGGUGUGAAUGAACCAGUUACGCUGCAGGUUUUUGUGGCCAAUGAUGCAGGUCGUGUGAAGCCUCAUGGUUUCUACCAGGCCUGUAAAGUCACUGGGCGAAACACUACAGCCUGCACAGAGGUGGACAUUGAAGGCACCACUGUCAUUGAGAUUCCUCUGGAGCCCAGUAAUGAUAUGACACUAGCGGUGGACUGUGUUGGAAUCCUAAAGCUGCGUAAUGCAGAUGUGGAAGCCCGCAUUGGUGUGGCAGGAUCCAAGAAAAAGAGCACUCGAGCCAGACUGGCCUUCAGAGUGAACAUCCCCCAGCCCGAUGGAUCUGUGCUCACUCUGCAGGUCCCAUCAUCUCCCAUCCUCUGCACCCAGCCCGCAGGUGUGCCUGAGAUUCUGAAGAAGAGCCUUCACAGUUGCUCAGUGAAAGGUGGAGAAGAAGUUUUUAUAAUUGGAAAGAAUUUCCUCAAAGGAACAAAAGUUAUUUUCCAAGAAAAUGUUACAGAUGAUAAUUCGUGGCAAGCUGAGGGAAAAAUUGACGUGGACUUAUUCCAUCAGAAUCAUCUGAUAGUUACAGUCCCUCCAUUUCACAAUCAGUCAAUUACUUCAGCUGUUUCUGUGGGAAUAUUUGUGAUGACAAAUGCUGGUAGAUCACAUGAGGCCCAGCCCUUCACCUACACUCCAGAUUCAGUUGAUAACUCAAUCCAAACUGUAAAAACAGAAGGUACCUCAUUGGUGAAAACGUGCAUAUUUGAUGAGCAGAUCAAAACCAUGUCCUCUGAGCAGACAGAAGGAUCUAGUCCCUUGUCUAAACAGGAGGUGACUCCAAUGGAAGUGUCCAGCCACGCAUCAACAGAUGUGUUUAAGCCGUCCUCUGAUACCCUCAGCUCUGUACAGCAAAGUCUUGAGCUCACCUCCAGCCCUCUUCCAGUUUCAGAGUCCUUCCAAAGUCCAAUGCCCCUCCAGCCUGAAGAUGUAGAACUGCCCCAAGCCCCCGCGGUCUUUCCAAGCCUGGAUUCCCUGAGCACUAUACAAAAACAGGACAUUGCCUCCUCGACUGCGCCUUUCCCUGUGUCUGGAGACACCUCUAUACCCCCGGUGACUCCAGAGGUGCCUCAGCAGUUCCUCCGUGACCCUCAGGAGAGCCCUGCUCCUGAGACGUCCAACAGCAGUGGGGGAGUGGUGGUGAUGGCUCUGCCCCAAAUGGCCGCACCCUCCCAGCCUCAGUCACAAGUGUCUAUGUUUGUUCAGGACGGUGUGGCGCAGCUAGAGCAGGCAGUUCGGGAGCUCCAGGCUGGAAACAACAGCACCCUGCAGCAAGUUCUGGAGGCAGCUGUGGCUCAGCAGCAGCAACUUAACUCAGUGCUGUACAGCCCUACGCCUUCCGCAGAGUCUUUGCAGCAGCACGUCCAGGAGAAUAUGAACAGCCUCCGCCUGGGGACCAACGACAGCCCCCUCAGUACGCAGCAACAUCUGCACUUACAGCAGCAGCACUUCCAGCAGCAGCAGCAGGUGCUGGGCAACAUGCAGAUACAACAACAGCUCAACAUUCAACAGAACCAGAACCAAGUUCUGAAUAACAUGCAGCUCCAGGAUCAGCAGCAGCAAACCCAGAUGCUUAGCAACUUACAAAUGCAGCAACAACAGCAGCAGCACAUGAUGGACAAUAUUCAAACCCAAAACAUGCAGGUCCAAAGUCAACAACAGAGCCAGUUACUCAACAGUCUCCAGCUGCAGCAACAACAACAGAUUAUGGACAACAUACAGCAACACAACCAAUCCACAGUCCUAGGAAGCAUGCAGAGCCAGCCCAAUGUCUUGGGGAACAUGCAGAGCCAGCCCACUGUCCUGGGGAGCAUGCAGAUUCCAGAUCAGCAGCAGCAGAGCCAGAUGCUGAGUGACCUCCAGCAGCAGCAGGUGCUGGAGGACCUCCAGCAGCAGCUCCAAGCUGAGCUCUUGCAGCCCCAGGGGCAGCAGCCUGUGUCUCUGCUGCAGCAGGCAGCUGGAGAGCUGCUCACCAUCCAGACCAGCUUUCCCUCUCAACCGCCGUCACACAGCUCUCCCCCACAGCAGCUUUUCCAGUCCCCCCGACCACUGGCUGAGACACAGGGUACGCAGCAGCAGGUGCUGCUGCAGAAUACCAUCAAUGCUCUGACAGGAGGCACACUCAACUCUGAGCAGGCUCCUGCUGGCUCUACCUUAUACCUCUCUCCCAAUGCCCCGCAACAGCAGCAGCCACAGCAGCUUGCAUUCAUUUCUUCCAUGGAGACCUCUUCCAACCAAUCUCAGUCGGUUCAAAUGUUUCAGUCCCAGGCCCAAAGUCAGAUGUCACAGAUGCAGCAGCAGAGCACCCCAAUGGAGCAGCAGCAGUCUUCACAGCAAGCCACACAGCAGCCCACACAGCUUACACUGGGCCAGCAAACGUCUUUGUUUCAAACUCUUACAAACCACUCCCAGCCGAAUGCCGUCCCCCAUAGUCAGCUAGCCCAAUCUCAGCAGACAGGUCUCCUACUCUGCACCACCAAUCCACAAGCCAUUACCCCAGCUAUUCUUUUCAGCACUCGAGCCCAGGGCCCCGCACCAAUAGGUGGCAUUGGUGUUGGACUCUCCCAGUCUGAUACGGCAGAGCCUAUGUCUUUUCAAGAUGGAAGCUCAGGCAGCAACUCUGCAUCCGGCAGCAGCCAACAGGCAAGUCUGUUCCAAGAACAACAGCCAAUGCAGGUGGUCCCAAGCUCUAGCAGUGUCCAGAACAGUCAGCCAGUAGAGCUGUUUCUUCCCUCAGCUUCAUUGUCCAACCUGCAAAGUACCCUUAGGUCACAGGAGGUACCUAAUCAGGCCACAAACAGUGGGCCAACAAUCUUUGUGGUUCAGGGUGGUGUUAGUGUAGUAGGCAACCCUGGCCAACAGCCCCCCGAGCAGCUGUUCCAGACCACUGUCACAGGGAAUGUGGCUCCACAGACCCAGACUAACCUGUUUGUGUUUGGCAUUCAGAAUGACUCCCAGCUGCUCAGUUCCUCUGGAAGCACAUUGCCAGCUCAGAGCCAGGCUCAGACUGCCACACACAUGCAGAGCCUGUUAGAGCAGCCCAUGGCUCAGGCGCCUCCCUCCAAUCCCCCCACCAUUCACAGCGGUCUGCAGAACUCUCUACAGAACUCCUUGCAGGCACAGCUUCAGACAGCCAUGCAGAACACACCAAUAGACUCUAGUAUAACCACUCCCAUGCAGACAAAUAUACCCAUGCAGACUAACAUGCAGAACCCUCUGCAAGCCUCCAUAUCUGCAACCUCCAAUAUGGAUAAAAUAGAAGACCUGUUAGAAAGCUUACAGAAGCAGUGAUGCAUAUUGUAUCACUUGGGCACAGAGAGGUGGAAGAGAUGUAGCAAGAGUUAUACAUUAUAACACCAACCAAUACAUGUGGUGUUUGUGCCAACGCUACAAAGAUUUUAUAUAUUUAAGAGAAAGUAGACCCCUUUUCACUUUGAGCCCAAAGUCAAAAGUUUUAAACUGUUAAGUGGAGUGAAAUAUUUAUGAGUUGGUGACUUUGCCUUCAUUAUGGCCCCUCUUGCAGGAUGAGAGAGGCCUGUAAUAACGGCUUUUAACCAUUUAAUAUAAAAUGCAGUGUUUAGUUAGAACUUGUCUAGAGGCAAAUGUGUGUGACGUUAUGAGGUGCAGAGGGAGCACAUGAAGAUGCUUAAGAUAAAGUCUCAAGCUUUGGACUGAAAUUCAAAUUGACAUGCAUUGUUUAGAUCUCAUUAUAUGAGUGUUUCAUUCUGUCUGGCCAGUUGAUUUAACUUAUGCAAAAGAAAAAGGUCUGAUUUGCUCUAUACAAACAAUGUAAUUCAGCAAUUGGAUUUAAGUGUACUCUGAGAGUAAAGACUGUGAAAUUGUGUUAAUUUCUUAGCACUUAUGAAAUUAAAGACAGAGUGAAGUCAUGUUUUUGAACAGAUUAAAAGUAAGUCAGUCCACUAAAAAUUAUCCAAGCUUUUAAUGAACAUUGAGGUGAGGUUGAGCCUUGUGAAUAAUGUGACUAGGCCUUUUAGGGCACCUCCUAGUGUUAAAGGCUUUCAGUUUUUAGCAUUUUUUUAUUUGCAUAUUUCCAGUUGUAGAGAAGAUAACAGUUUUCCCGUUUUUGUGUGGUUUUAUAAACAUUUUAUCUCUAGCACUUUAUAACCUCUGGAACCAGCUAAUCCUUAUACCAGAUCUCAACUGACCUGACUGAAUUUGUACCCAGUAAUGUGCAUUUAAUCUGACAAAAGAACUGAUAGGCUGUUGUCUUUGUAAAAGGUAAAUCUAAACCUUACUUGGCGUUUCUAGAGAAGUUUCAACUUUGUAUCAAAUAUCUGCUUACUGGUACCUUAUUACGUAGUCGCUGUGUUCCAGUGAAGACCAGCCAUUCCCACAGUAGCUUUGUUUUUCUCACGAUCAGAACCGCUGCUGAUCAACAUUAGUCCGUGUAUUAAAAUGAAGGCAUAUUUGAAUCUGUAUGAUAUAUUGAUUAGUCUGUUGACUCUUGUGUUAGAAGUUUGUUUGUCUCAGUGUUGGUACUGAAUGCAGCUGGCAUCCAGUGCUGUCCCUAGUGUUUGGCAAACAAAAUCUGUUACAUAGAGGCUGCCAUUGUGAGUUCAUCUUUGGUGCUAUGUACAGGAGUGGCUGGCACUAGUAAUGUGUGGUUUCUACCUAAAAGAAUAGCACUGACAUGUUGGAGGUUUGAAUGCAGAGUGGGCUGUUGUGGUGGGGUCAGACUGGCAUGCACCAGGCAUACCAAAGCUCCGGUUGUGAAUCAUCUUGUCUUUGUAAAGGCCCUCAUCUUGUUUACUCAUUUGUACUUUUUCAAAUGAAAUGAUGCAGCUUAUAUAUUCAGCGUGUUUGCAUUGGAUAUCAAAUAUUAUAAGGUACUUUCUUUUAUGGAUCAUAUUCUAUCAUUAACAUUUCCAUUAAUUUGACAUUUCUUUCUGUUACUUUUCAAAUACUUUUAGCAAAAUUGAUACUGCUGUAUUUUGCAUAUCUACAUUAGUAGCCAACCUGGCAAUAUCAAAAGCCAGUUUUUGAUAGAUGUCAGAAUAGCUCUCAUGUGAUAAACGUGUUUACAUUUUCAUAAUCAUACUAUUUUAUCUUGCAACAAUAGUAAUCCAUUUUAAAGUAACUUAUCUUUUGUAGAAUUUUGUAUCCAUGUAUCAAAAUGUAGACUAUUUUUGUAAGAUAUGGUUUUGCUCAUAGCACAGAUCAUUGCUGUUGUAGUUUGAGUGAAUUCCAAGUUUUUACUGAAGUAACAUCAAACCGUUUUUAGUGUGGAGUUGAUUCAUCCUGCUAAAUUUGUGACGUUCGGAUUGUUGCAAGCUCAUGUGUGAUUGUUUUUCUUUUCUUUUUUUUUUCCUAUAUUUUUUGCAUCUCAAAUAGCACUUUGACCCGUCCACAAACUGUAGAUCAGGUUCGAGCGCAGUACUGAUGUUUCCAAGCAUUCCAUUCCUCUGGGUUAGGGGAGUUUAAGAGCACAUCCAUGUUAUGAGCGGACAGAAAUGCCUCUUAAAGCCAUACCAACACAGAAAGCCAACAACCUGUGACUUUUCAAUGAAUGUAUUCUUACCUCAUGGCGUGGAAUCGGCGCUUGUUCUACAUCUAACAUCGGACCAAUUACAGUUUUGGAGAAAGUAUAUUUUGAGGCAGAGAGGGAGGUUGAGGGUGGCAUCAACUAGGGCUGCAUGAUUAUGGAAAAAAUGAUGAAAUAUGAAUUUAAUUUCUUAAACGUAUAACAUAUAUGGGAUUAUUUUCCAAAGAAGGAUUGUAUUAACAUUUGAGACUGAAAGACUGAAAUACACUACCAGUUCAAAAUUUAGACACAGUUAUUCAUGUAAUGGUUAUUGUUGCUUUACAUUGUAUUACAUUACAAAACCAUUUCAGGUUACUUCAUCAUGAACCUCAAUGAGAGAACCACUGCCAACAAAGCGAAGGGUGGCUGCUUUGAGGAGUCAGUCUAAAAUGGAAAACAUUAAAACAUUUAUUUUAAACAUUUUUCUUUGCUGCAUAAUUCCAUACGUUCAUAUAUUGGAUAUCAUUGGCUGUAUCUAAAAUGUAAUAACUAGUAAACAUAAAGGUAGUGUAUGAACUGAUAAACUAAUCCUAGAAUCCUAUGACUUUAUUAUGUUUAUAAACUAAAGAGGUACACGUUUUUCUGUACAUCUACAGGAUAUUUUGUUCUUUUCAGAUUACAUUCUAUUAUAUAAAUGAUAGCAGCCCUUGCGAUCUCCAUUCAAUUGCGAUAAAUUGUGCAGCCCUAAUGCCAACCUUCAUUAUAGUAUAUAUACAUUUUUCUGUUUGUCAAAGUUCGCAUAUUGUCGUCGUCCAUUUUGUUUUUGAGCAACCCAGGAUGCUCAGUCUGACUCUUUGGAAUAGCCACAUAUGAUUUAAACAGGUGGUAAAGAUAGCACACAACCCUUUGAACAACCCACUCCCUUGUAAAUGAAUAUCCUUGUGUAUAUAUAAAUGUGAAAUGCACUGCAGGGGUAUCUUGAACUUCAAUUGUGAUGCUUUCAACAGAACUAUUGUGUGCCUUGAUAACUGAAGCGUUACUGUUGUGUUGGUGUCUUUUUGUGCGUCAUGGCUACUUUCAUUUUCACGCUCUGGACCGUUUUAAAAUCGAUUUCCUAAACAACAUAUAACCACACCAGUAUAUUUUUAGUGUGUUUUUUUUUUUUUUAUUAAAUAAUUUUACUCAGAUAAAACGCGCAGCUUCAACGGUGAAAAUGACGACCCGGUUUGUUAACGAUUUUGUAAGCCUCAUGAGAUUUGUACAUGUGAGGUUAAAAGGGACAAAGACGGAAGAGACUGUUUUAUGAAUUACAGAGCUUUUUGUGUUGUGCUUGUCAACAUUACUAUUGUUGCUGUGAAUUGCUUGAUCAAAAAGGAGCAACCGUUAUAAUAAAAAGAUUAACUGUUUGCCAGUAGUGUGAGCCGUACUUUUGUGUGUCAUCCCUCAGCUCACGUUUCUUAUGUUAAGCUCCAUUCACACAUGCAUUCUGACCCGGGAAUUUACCUGCAUUUUGCCAGAACAGGGUCAAGUGAGAACAAACUAGAACAGAUUUUCUGUGAUUGGUCAUUCAAAGUGAAGUUCAUGAACAUUAUGUUGAAGUUAGGAAACAGUUUUGGGGUAAUGCAGCAUGUUAGCAGAAGUAACUUUAAAAACAAAACUAAUUUGUCACCUACUAGUCCCAUCUCAACUUACACCAUAAAAGAUAAAACGGUCAAAAAAGGUUUUAGGCUUGUUAAUAGCAACAGAAGCUAACACAUUACCAUGACAACCAGAGAUAUAUGAUCACUUUCAUCCAUCUGGACCUGACUUUCUAGCACUAACCAUGGUGUAUGUAUGAAAAAAGACAGAAAAUUGCCAGGAUCUUUGCUUGGUUUCCCUGGUUUCGAGUCUGGUUUCACAGUCGGUACAUUCCAUUGUCAUUCAAUUUAAAUGAGACAGCAUUGCAAUGCUAUGUGAGAGGGCACAGAGAGACAAAUGCCAGGUUAUGUCUGAACAGAGCUAACCUGGCAAUGUUCUGGGACCGGUGCAUGUGUGAGUAGGGUUUUUUUCUGACUGUUUUGGCAUUUUGUACCCAACAGUUUACUGGGAUCUGUGUGUGAAUGGAGCUCUAGUUUGCUUUUACAAUUUCACAUCCUCCAGUAGUUCUGUUGUUAUUUAUGUUCUGUGUAGCUUGAGCUUUAGUAUCUAGCCUUAAGACCCCACAGUAACGGGGGAAAGGUCAACCCAGUGUGUUGUCAUAAACUCCAAACUAUUAUUAACAUGUACUUUGCCUUGGUCUGGACAUUUGUAUACUCUUCUGUUUAUAUCUGUAAUCCUGCUGCUACAAUAAAUGACUUAAUAAAAA